UUCCGCCUACGGGCGCCUCCUGCUAAGCUGAAGUUAGCCCUUUGGGGCUCCAGGAUGGGCAUCCUGGGGACUGUCAGGUCAGCUAGGGGAAGAGCACAGGGCCCCACAGGUGCGGGUCCUUGCUCACUGACAUGCACUGCUUAGGGAGUCCGGUAAGCCACGGAACACCAUGCAUCUCUUCCUUCCGUACAGCGCACAGGUCGGAACUCUGUGUUGAGACUCCUGUUUCUGCCCGGCGGGACACCAGCGCCGCUCAGAGUGCACCCGGACCAAGGUUGCGGACUCCAGUCGCUAUGGUAACGUGGCCCGAGCUUUAGGCGCGGGCGGGAGAGUGCGGAUGCUCGGAAUCCUGUAGACCCCGGUCCCGCCUGGCGCAGCUCUAGGUCGUACGCAGGAGUCGAAGCUAAUUCCGUAGGGUCCUGCCGGGUGACACACGCGGUGAGUGGACGGCCAUCGCAUCAGGUUCUGCUCCCCUGUAGCUUUGACCCAGACUCCCGAAACGCCUAUCUCGUGAGUAGCUACACGCGGUUAUCCUCGGAUAGCCUCCAGCACCAGCACUGGGUGCAGGUUUCACUCAAACCGGCACAUAACUGCAUUGUUUUCACUGCUUUGCAACCUGCAACAGCGCUUCAGUCCCUCAUUGACUUCAUUAGUCCAUUGUCUUGUAGACUGCAUUAUUUCCUGGGUUGGCCCGAUGUUUAACGUGAUUAAGUUACACUUUUUUUUUUUUUUUUUUUUUUUUUUUGGAGCUGGGGACCGAACCCAGGGCCUUGUGCUUGCUAGGCAAGCGCUCUACCACUGAGCUAAAUCCCCAACCCCUAAGUUACACAUUUUUAACAAGAAAAUGGCAGCGUCUCUCAGAAGGCAGACGCCCGUUACUGGGGAAUACUUUCGUCGCUAAGUUUUGAGUGGUUUAAGUGGUGCCUGCCAAGUGGCUAACAUAAAGCUACUAUUUUCUGCUCUGCAUGAUGGCACGUUCCUUAAAGUCCCAGCACUUGGGAGGCAGAGGAAGGCGGAUCUCCUUGAUUUCAAGGCCAGCCUGGUCUUCAUACUUCCAGGACAGCCAGAGAUUUGUUGAGACCCUUUCUUAAAACCUAAAUAAGUAACAGAGUUACUAUUUUCUUAUUGUAAAUAAUAAAUACCAUUUGGGGAGGUGCUUGACUGUGUCUUGCUUCUAACCAUAUUUUCCGUUACUAAUUUUAGCAUACAUCAGUGAAAGCUUCCUGAUUUUUUUUUUUUUUUGCUUUAAUCUCUGUCUUAUUCUUGCUAUGUUAGGUGGAGAAAAUGAAUCACACGUUAACUGAAUCAAACCAUUCAAACCUUUCGGACUAAACUGGGAUACAGUUUCCAGCAGUCUUUAUUUAGAAUCUGGAUCAGAGUAGGUUUCAAUCACUGCUCUGGCAGCUGGGGCCCUGGGAGAGCUGCAGGAAACAGGCACAGAAUGUAUUCUCCAGGGCUCCUGCCUGGGUACAGGUCUGUCCUCCCUGAGGAUAAGAGGUGAAGGAUAACCACAGCUCCAAGGGAUUGGGGAUGGCACAGGCUAGUCAUGCAGAGAUGGAGUUCAUUGAUGUCCCCACAGGGAGGACCUCAAAAGUCACUGCCCUUCCACUAUAUCCUGGAAUCCUUUAUGAAACUGCUUCAUAACGACCAUGCAGGAAUUCCCUUGGCUUCAGGAACAGUCCCAUAUAAGCCCAUUGUCUUAGUUACUGUUCUAUGGCUACGAAGAGACCAUGACCAAAGCAACUCUUAUAAAAGAAAGCAGUUAACUGGAGGCUUACUGCUUCAGAGGCUUAGUCUACUAUCAUCAUGGCAGUGAGCAUAGUUCUGGAUAGCUGACAGCUACAUUCUGAUCCACAGACAGACGGAGAGACAGCCCAGCAUGGCUUUUGAAACCUCAAAGCCCACCCUAGUGACACACUUCUCCUGCAAGGCCACACCUCCUAAUCCUUGCAAUCUUCUCAAAUAGUUCCACUCCUUGUUGACUGAGCAUUUGAUAUGUAAGCCACCACACCCGUAUAUCAGCUCCCAGGAUAUACUUCUUUUGCUUUUCUCUGGGAUAAUUGACUUGCAGGACCUGGUCUAUUAUUUUUCUCCCUCUCCCUGAUAGUACUUUACCUUCAAGCAAUACCAAUCUUUUCAGAAAGCUGAAGAUUUCCCAGUCACAGCACAUCCUCACUAACUGGCCCAAUGACUCUUCUGGUCCUGUGUCUCUUGUCUCUUCUUAAGCACCCAGAUAAUUCCAGUAAUUUCAGUCUGAAGAGCCAGCAUCUCUAUUCUGAGUCCUGGAUUUUCUUUUUACUGAAGCCGUUAGGCCUCAUUUGAAACUGGCAGAGAAUCAGCACCUGCAUUGCCUGAUGUGGAGUCAGAGAGCCGUGGCAUUUAAGUGUGGUGGCCUCUUUCUGCCUCUGGCAGCCUUGGUCCUGAAGUAAUUAUGUAUGUGGUAUUUGUCAAAUAUUUUCUAAUUUCUAUUACUCCUACAUUUAUUAGCUGGCACUUUGCUGUAAAACAAUCUUUCCUUAUAAUUUUUCCAUUAAUUAAUUUAUUCACCUUACAUCUCGGUUGCAGCUCCUCUUCUCCUUCCUCUCUCCCCUGUUAAGGCCUAGGUAACUAUUGCCUGUCCAGCAGCCGUUUUGUGAUGUUAGCAGUAUAAGGAAACUUUCUCAUGCUCUAGCUGAUCGCAUUUUCUGUUAUGGUCUAUGCUUUGGUGUUCUUGGGAACAAAUAGAGUUAAAACUGCUUUGUAUGGUUAGCCACAAGAAGCCUGGACCCGAACCACCCAGCAGCCUUCCUGCACCUGUGCCUGAGCUUUUGUAGUUUCUUGUCUUCUUAAGCUGCCCCUGGGAUAGACCUCAACAUAAGAGAGCCACCCGCACUGAUGUAAGAAGCCAUUUGGAGUAAAACUCUCAUUUUGAGUAGGGGUCGAAUAAAGUUUAAGUUCCCAAGACUUACCUGGGAAUUGACAUCCUACUUGGCAGAAAAAGAGACGUGUAAAUGGGUAACUGACAGCCUGGUUGGCAAGCCAAGUUGCCACAAUUGACUACCCCAACCAAUGGGAGCAGGAUAAGUGUACAAGAAGCACGUGCUCCUAAGGAGAUUCCCUGUCCCUCAGCUCUGAUUGGUGAAAUAACUUGGCACAGAUGCUUUUGGAUUUCAAGGCUUAAAAGCUCUGUAGGAUCCUGGUUUCAGGUCACAGGUAACUCUUAAGUCUGGUCUGUGGCCCUGAUCAAUCAGUCCUGGCGCAAAUGCUCAAUAAACUAUCCCUUUCUGACUAAGAUUGAUGUUUGAGUGGUUUGUGAGGUGACUCCUGGACCCCAGCACCCCCCGACCCCCAACACUCUAGAAGUCUGAAGCAGAAGUAGAGGCAGAAAGAUCUCUGUGAGUUCCAGGCCAGUGUGGUCUACAUAGAGAGUUUGUCUCAGAAAAACAAAAAGAAAAACAAAGACUGAAUUCUCUUUAAACUAGCCAUCCUGUCUUUGUUGCCAGGCGGUGGUGGAGCACAUUUUUUUUUUUUUUUUAGUAUAGAAUAGAAUUUAUCUGGGGACAUGGAAAGGGGAGUUGAGAAGGGAGUAGAGGCAGAGAAAAAGAGGGGACAGAGAAGGAUGGGGGGCAGACUAGGGACACACGUGGAGAGCAAGGGGGAGGGUAAGGGGAGAGAGGGAGAAAGGGGUCAGGGAGAGAGAAGUGGCAGAGUGGUGGAGCACAUUUUUAAUUGCAGCACUCAGAAGGCAGAGAGAGGCAGAUCUCUGAGUUCGAGGCUAGCCUGGUCUGCAGAGUGAGUUCCAGGAUAGCAAGGGCUACACAGAGUAACUCCCUUCCUCUCCCCCUCCAAAAAAGAAAACAAGUGCCCUACAGGCUUGCCUGCUUAUGGCUUGAUCUUCUGGAGGCAUUUUCUCAAUUGAGGUUCCCUCUUCUCACAUGACUAUAGCUUGUGUCAAAUUGACAUAAAAUUAACUGGCAUAGGGAGGAGUGAUUGACUCAUUUUACACAACCAUAGAUGUCACAAGGAAAGACAAGACAAGAACUAGAGUCAGGAGCUGAAGCAGGGGCCAUGGAGGGCACUCACUGUUCACUGGCCUGCUUGCUCUUCAUGGUUUGCCCAGUUUGUUUUCUUAUCCCACCUGCCCAGGGUGGUACCAUCCACACUGGGCUAGACCCUCACACAUUAACCAAGAAACUGCCUCACAGCCUUGCUUACAGGCAGUCUCGAGCAGUCUGAUGGAGGCAUUCUUUUCAACUGACAUUCCUUUUCCCAAAUAACUCCAAGCUCGUGCCAGGCUAACAAAAAGCUAAGCAGGACAUCCUGUAGCACACACAACAUGGCUUCAGAAUGGCAGCUCAUUUUCCUAUGAAAAACAGGCCUAUUAUAACUGUCAGGUAUAUUGCUUAUGUGCAGUUUUUACAUUUACUUAGAAUGUAGAACCAAAAUAUUAUUUUUCAAAGUCUGUGUGUGAUACCCAUUUUUAAUGGCAUUAGGCUUUCUCGUUUUUAUUUUACUCUGAAUGCUUAUUACUAAGUUUUGUGGGUUUGGGGGCAUGUGAAACAUUGUAUGUAUCUAAUAGUCCACAUGGACCUAGCUCUUAAGUGUGAGAUUGUAUGACUUCUCUUCCAUUUUGUUUCUCAAUUACUUGUGUGACCCAGGGAGUGUAGUAAGAUAGUGGAGAUCCAUUUAAAAAUUGUAACCGUAACUUUUAUUCUCAGUUUACUGCUUCAGUCUGCUCACCUAAGCUUAGUCCUGGAAGCUUCCAGCCUCUAUACAAUCUUAUCUAGGCCUAGAAUGUUUUUAGUCUCUGAGACUUGCUACUAAAUAAACUUACUCCUUCCCAGUUGUUUCUUCAGUCUAGGUGUCUGGUUGAGUUCAGCUAUUAUGACUCAAGCUUCUCCCCCAGCUGACUGAUUUGAUCUGGCCUCUCUCUCUUGGCCUUUCCUGAAUUGCCUCAUAUCAACUUUGGCAAUCUGUUCUGGCUUCUCCUCACUCUCUGGCUUAUACACACACACACACACACACACACACACACACACACACACACACACACACCCUCUCCCUCUCUUCCUGCAACUUGCUAACUUGUGUCCGUAAAACUGUCCCAGUAAAGCUCCUCUCAUUCUCCCUUGUGAGAGUUGGGCAUAUCCUAUCCUGUCAAAUCUUUCUUUGAUUUGUCACUUUUUCUGUCACUCAGUUUGACAUAAUUUUCAAACAUGGGCUCUUCCUUCUACAAACUAAUUACCUUCAUUUGGGAUUAAAGGGUGUGCUAAGGGUGUGCUAAAGGCUGAGCCACGCCACAACCAGAAACAGGGUUUUUCAGUAAAUAACACGAUCUCAGGGUUCAAAUAUCCAGCAACAAAAGAAAAUGGUUGUAGCUGUGGCUCUGGCAGUUAAUGAUGAAUAUGAAAAAACUUGGAACCUCAUAGGUUUGAAUUUUGUCUCCUGUGAGCAUUUAAAGGGUAGACUCCCUGAGCUUAGUUCAAGUCCUUCAAAUGUUUGUGAGUAAAGGUCGUUGGGUAGUGUGGUGAUUAACAUUGUUCAUCAAUUAAAGUCCCUAGAAUCAUUUAUGAGCAUAUCUGGGCAUAUCUGAGAGACUUUCCCAAUUAAGGUAAUUGAAGUGGAAAGACCCACCCUCACUGGAGGGAGCACCGUUCCAUAGACCGAUGUCUCAGCUGAAGAAGAAAGAGAGCUAAAAGCUAACUGAGCAGCAGGGAUGAUCUCUUUUUGCUUUUUAAGUGUGGGUGUGACGCGGUGACAUGGUGACAAGGUGACAUGGUGACAUGGUGACCAGCUGCUUUGUGUUCCUGCUGUACUGCCUGCCUGUGCUGCCAAACUGUGAGCCAAAACAAGGAAGCCUCCCCUCCCUCCCCUCCCUCCCCUUCCCCCUCCCUCCCUCCCUCCCUCCCAGCCAUGACAGGAUGACAGUGUCCCCCCAUCCAGAGUAGAUAGUGUUCUUCUGCACCGGACACGCAGCUUUUCUUAUUGUUAACAGAGAGAACCAAGUACACCCGAGCUGCAGUUCUUCACAGGAAGGAAACCAAAGGAAACAGCCACUGUGGAAGGCUGUCCAGUUCUGGUGCCCAGACAGCUUGUCCUCAGUUCUGUUCUUAUGCUUUUACAACUUAUCCUUUUGUCUAAACUGUAGCGUCUACUACUGCAUAUUAAUACUUUUCAAUUAAUUAUCAACCAGAUUUUUAUUAAUUGUCUCAUAUUUGUAGACAGUUGAAUGAAGGGUUGUCAAUCCUGUGGCUCACCUGUUGAGCAGAAAGCACACAGUGCUUUUCAUAGGUUUCUGCUGCAUAUCCCUGAACAGCAACUGUAGGGGGCCUGCUGGGGAGUUAGGCACAUGGUGGACACGGCAAGGACCCCUGCUGGGCCUGUGGGAAGGCUCUUUCCCUUUCAGAUAGACUUUCCUUAGGUGACUUCAGGGCUUGGUUUUGAAUUGCUCCCUCAGUGGCGUUCAGCCACCCGAGAUUGGUUAAUUCCGAUAACGAACGAGACUCUGGCAUGCUAACUAGUUACUCUUCCCCCGAGCGGUCGGCGUCCCCCAACUUCUUAGAGGGACAAGUGGCGUUCAGCCACCCGAGAUUGAAUUGCUCCCUCUUAAGGGUGGUGUCAACUAUUAAGAGGGCCCUGCUCCCAGCUCUGGUACUCUCUGGCUCUGUUGUAACUUCGUGAAGUCCCAGCGUCUUUUAUCACCUGGAGAGGCUGAUUGCCUUUCCAUAUCAACCUUUUGCUGUGUGUUGCUCUCCCACUGACCAGAUCCUGUGCUCAGGAGCGGCUUCUGCAGGCCUGAUUGCACGCACCCUUGCUACACACUGUGUUGGGCCUUGUGAGCUCUCGAACUGAGUUCAUGAGCUGCUGCAUGUGCUACCAUAUUGUUUGUGACAUCUUAAUUCAGAGUCACACCCCCCGCAUGAUGGAUGCGGGACUGGGGGCUCACUUCGUUCUGUGCCAUACUGAGCAUGUCUUACAGAUGAUGCCUCUCCUAUCUGGAAGUCUGAUUGGCCCGUAAGCCCCAUGGGAAAUCAUGUCUUUCAGGAAGAAUCGUUCCAUCUUCCCAAAUCCAGAGGUUUCUAAGGCUCUCUAGACUUCACAGGUACACUGACAACACCCCAUUAGAUUUUCAAAAAGAAAGAGCCUAGUGUUCCAUUUGUUCAUUUCUGAAACAGGCCUCAGCACUUAGCCUAGGCUUUAAAAUCAAGCCUGUGAUCCCCCUGCCUCAGCCAUCAAAAGCUAGAGUUUCAGGAAAGUGCCAUCUCACCUGGCAAGUUUAAUGUUUUAAAAAUAAGAGAGGAGAGAGAGAGAGAGAGAGAGAGAGAGAGAGAGAGAGAGAGAGAGAGAGAGAGCGCGAGCGCGAGCAAAUUGAUGUGCUCCCCUGGUCAAUGCUGCUCUGUUGGCAGACAGUCUCCUAGACACCAUGCACACUGCAGUGGCCUACCUUCCUCCAGAGGCUUCUCCUGUAGCUCCCCAAGACUAUGUGUUGAAUGAUUAGGGUUCCAGUGCUCUAGGUGGAGCAGCCCCUCAGUUAGGCUUCAUAAAGGAACCCCGUAGCCAUGGGGAAUGCUAGUUACCUUCCUCACUGCUCUGACAAGAGCUGUUUAGGAAGGAGGGUCUCCUGGCUCACAGAGAGCAUAGACUGUCAUGGCAGGAGUGUGAGGCCACCAAGAUACAGGCAUCGGGGAUGAAGCAAUGAAGAGUCAGGCCUGUUAGUGAGAUGACCAGACCGUUGCGUAGGAUGCAGGAACUGAACAGAGCUGUAGGGUGGAUGCCAGGCAGACAGGUAGGCAGGCGGCAGGCGUCUCCUGAACUCAAGUGAAGGGUGGCUGUGUGGCAGUUCUGAGAAGCCAGGCGGCCGUGACCGGUUGUGAAGCUAGAGCUUAUGCCAGGUGAGCAGCAGGAUAAACAAAGCUGACCCAGAUUGUAACCUGCUCCUAGGAACUCCAUCUCAGCACACUCAAGGAGCUCUGAGAUCUCCAGUGAUUGGCACUGGUGGGCCAGCCUCUUCUGGAUGCAGCUAGGGGGACCCUUGCUCCAAAUUUCGUUCUUGGCAGCACUCAGAUUCGCUAUGCCACUGUGCUCUCCUCCUGUGCCCGAGAAUCAGUGACUGCACAGCCAGUGUUUUGUUUCUGUCUCUAUAUAGCCCUUGCUUGGUCCCUAAUGGGUUGAGGACCCUGACCAGCUUUGAGAAGCUUUGUCAGGCUUGUCCCCUACAUGCUGAUAGAAGCCUCUCUGUGGGAGACCAGCAGGGCAGGGCUAGGGUUGUAAGUUGCUGUGUGCCUUGAGGCCCCUACCAAAUACCGCCUGGUCCAUAGACCUUCCAGGCCCUCGGUGAUUCAGUGCUUACAGGACACACACAGAGCUGUGCUCACUGUUGGAUGGAAAACCCCUUCUUUCCUGUGAAAUACACUCUUGGUUUUUUUAGUCCAGGUGAUGUAUAAUGAUUUGGACUGUAAUUCUAAAUUUUAUUCAUUUAUUUUUAUGUCUCUAUGCAUGUUCUUGUGGAAGUUUUAUGUGUACCAUGUGUUUGAAGGAACCUGUAGACAUCAGAGAAAGGCAUCAGAGCCCCUGAAACUGGACUUACAAAUGCGUGUGAGCUGCCAUGUGGGUGCUGGUAAAGGAAUUGGGUCCUCUACAAGGACAGCAAGUACUCUUAACCAUGGAGCCAUCUCUCCACCCUGACUGUGACUAGUUCUUCUUAUCAAUAAUUUCAUGAGUUAAAUUUUCUGUAAGUAGUAUUGCCUAUAUAAAGAGCAGCUAUUGGCUUAGCAACUCCGGAGUUGAUGUAAACGCAUAACACAGCACACCAUAAUACACGUGAGCUCAUCCAUGUUAUACCAUAUACACCAUGCUGUAAUAUACUCACAAACAUCCACAGCACCACACACUCAUACAUGUACACCACGGUACAACACACGCACAUACACACUACACGGCACAACACACACACACACACUACACGGUACAAUACACACUACACACACGUACACACCCCCCAUACACACAUCAUGUCUUUCUCCAUGCACACAUACAGCACAGCACAAGAGCAACCCCUGUUUUUGAGUUUUAUGUCUGUGAUGGCCUACUCAUUGUUGAUUUGAGUAGAGGUGAGGUAACCUAUAUUACCUUCACUCUGGGCUAUCUCAGGGUGAUGGCCAUGAUUAUUUUUACCUCUCUGUAAAUAUACUAUACAUAAGACUAGUGAGUUGAAGUGAUCCAGGACAGUGUGUUUUUCUUUCUAAAGAAUACCCAUUUACAGAGUCAUACUGCCGCCUUCUUUGGGGUGACAGUGAUACAAAACUGUUACUGCCAGAAGCCUCCAUGUGCCCUGGAAAAGACUGUUGGGCGGUUGGGGAUUUAGCUCAGUGGUAGAGCGCUUGCCUAGCAAGUGCAAGGCCCUGUCCCCAGCUCCGAAAAAAAAAAUGAAAAAAAAAAAAAAAAAGACUGUUGGAAGAUGGUGACAUUAGAGAAGAGUUCUCAUGGCUCCCCUCUUGACUCCCCUCAUGGCUCUCCUCAUGGCUCCCCUCGUGGCUCCCCUCGUGGUUCCCCUCGUGGUUCCCCUCAUGGCUCCCCUCGUGGCUCCCCUCGUGGCUCCCCUCGUGGCUCCCCUCGCUUACAUUACACUUGGCUCUUGUGCCUAGGUGAUGGUGCCCAGCAUUGUUGACCUUAUGUCCUUCCCUGUGGGUAUCCUUGGGCUGACUAUAAAUAAAGCCAGGAGCCUGGCUACAAGCUAAAUGGCUCUGUAUACAGAAAAGAAUCCCUUUUAUGUAGAGUACUGGCUGCAAGGCCUCACUAGAACCAGUAAUAGUCUGUAGUGUGCCUUGAUAAGAAACAGUCUCUUCGGGGUUGGGGAUUUAGCUCAGCGGUAGAGCACUUGCCUAGCAAGCGCAAGGCCCUGAGUUUGGUCCCCAGCUCCAAAAAAAAGAAAAGAAAAGAAAAGAAAAAAAAAAGAAACAGUCUCUGCUAAUGUGCUUGUGGCCCCUGCAGUUCCAGCCCUGUAGGCCCAUUCUUCAAUCCUCCACUGUCACCAUGCUGCCGCCAUGCUCAGAGCGGGAACUGAGUGAGCUUUUGGCACAAAAGGAGGAGGAAUGGCGAGCCCUACAGGCCCACCGUGCACAGCUGCAGGAGGCAGCUCUACAGGCUACUCAGAACCGCCUGGAGGAGGCACAAGGGAAGCUGAGGCGCCUACAGGAGGACUUUGUUUACAACCUUCAGGUGCUGGAAGAGAGGGAUCGUGAGCUGGAGCGCUAUGACAUUGAAUUCACCCAGGCCCGCAGACGGGAGGAGGCCCAACAAGCAGAGGCCAGUGAGCUCAAGAUAGAGGUGGCCAAGCUGAAACAGGAACUCACCAGAGAGGCCAGGCACAUGGAGGAGCUGCGGCAUCAGCAUAAGCUAAUGCUGCAGGAGCACCGCUUGGAGCUGGAGCGUGUCCACAGUGACAAGAACAGCGAACUCAACCACCAGCGGGAGCAGUAUGAGAACCUGAAGUGGAAAUUGGAGAGAAAACUGAAGGAACUUGAUGGUGAGCUUGCUCUGCAGAGACAGGUUCACAAGACGCUGGAGGAGAUUUACUCACUCCUUUCAGAAGUGUUUCUGAACGUAUGCUACAGGCUGGUAGCUCUUCAGGCCCGGGGUUGCGCACGGAUACCUGUCAUGCCUGUCAUGCUUGCCCUCACCGAGCGGAGAACACCUUGGGACAGUUCACUACCUGUGGACGUGAUGAAACAGGAGUGGGUGUGGUUGGACUCAAGUACGGAACUGCUGCAAGAAUUUGAAUCUGAAGCUCAGAGAAGGGAGCAUGAGUUCCAACUGAGAGCUGAUGACUUGAGCAACACUGUCUUGACCCACGAGCUCAAGGUAAAGCUGCUAAACAAAGAGCUUCAGGCUUUAAAAGAAGCUGGAGCACAGGCAACAGAGAGUCUGCAGAAGGCAGAAUCAGAGCACAUUGAAUUAGAGAGGAAGCUACAGGAUCAUGCCCGGGAGCUACAGGAUCUGGAGGCCAUGAAGGAUGCUCGGAUAAAGGACUUGGAGAAGAAGCUUCACUCUGUACAGCUGGCCAAGAAGAAAGCUGAGGAGACUUUCAGGAGGAAACAUGAAGAGCUUGACCGUCAAGCCAGGGAGAAAGACACAGUGCUAGCAGCAGUGAAGGGUGCCCAUGCAGAGCAGCUGCAGACGCUGGAUGCCAAGGUCCUGGAGCUUCAGUUCCGAUGUGAAACGCUGGAGGGACAACUGCGAAGGGCUGAGUGGAGGCAAGCUGAGGACAGCAAGGAGAGGAAUUCCCUUACUGACAAGGAGUUUGGUGACCGUUCCACCUGUGUCCUGAGCAUGUACUGGCAUUCUGUGAUAACCUCAGUGCCUAGUGGCUUGCCCUCUCGAUUUCGUGAAGAUGCAGCAGCUCUGAAAGCUGCCUGGGAUGCCCAGAUCGCUCAGAUGUCCAAGGAAGCUGUUUCCAAAGACCUUCAGAUUCAGGCACUACAGGAAGAGGAAAUGAAGCUCAAAGCACAGGUGGCCAAGUCCCAACAGGACAUAGACAGGUACAAGCAGCAACUGUCCCUGGCAGUGGAAAGGGAGCAGAGCCUGGAGCGCGAGCAGGUACAGCUAGGCCUCGACUGGCAGCGUCGCUGCGAUGACAUUGAAUGCAACCAGAUCCAGAGAUCAGAGACUUUGAUCCAAGGGCUGACCAAGGCCAGAGAUCAGGUUGCUGCUAAGCUCCAGGAGACAGAGAGGGCACUGCAUAAGCAGGAGACACUGCUGAAGGCUGUGUCGCUGGAGCGAGACCAGGCUAUGGAAACUCUGCGGACACAUGGGCUCCUCCCUGGACAGGAGGCACAGGUACCUCCUCAGCCCCAUGAAGGAGAAAUAAGGACAGAUUCUCCAUCUAGUGAGAUCCAGAGGCUGCAGGAACAGAAUGCAGGUCUGCGGAACGCUGUUUCACAGAUGAGGAAAGAGAUGGAAAUGUUGAGUGGUCAUCUUCCCUUUGCCCAGUCAGAAGAGCGUUCAAAUGCAAACCCUGAGCCCAAGGCUGGAGAAGAUUCAGCCCCUCCAGAUUAUGUUCUGGCCCUUGAAGCAGAAAUGCAAAACCUAAAGCAUGAACUCAAGGCAUUGGAAGAGCAGCUACAAGGCACGGGAGAGCCAGUGAAGACGUCCAUGGCCACCGCUGACCCACACCACGGCGCCCACAACUCUGCAGAAGCAGCUGAUGCAGCCCCGGCAGACCAAACACUCAUUACAUUGGCACUCAGAAAACUUGGAGACAGGGUGCAUCUCUUGAACUUGCUAGUGACACAGCUCAAAAAGAAGCUAAGACAGAAACCCCUGGAGCUGGUCGCUGUCCAACAGGAGAUCCCCAGUGAAGUGGACCAGGUACACCUGGAGGUUUUAGAGCUGCAGAAGCAGGUGGCUGAGCUAAGGAAGCAUCUCAAGAUGACACAACCCCAAGGAGAGCCUUCAUAUAUCAAGCAGUUACAGAGAGAGGGUCUGGCAGACUGGCACCCUAUGGGCAUGGAAGACCAGACGGAGUCCCCCACUUUCCUCCAGGAAGGGGCACAGCCUCCACAGACCACAUCUGUGUCCCAUCUGCAAAGAAAAUUAAAGGACGCAGCUAGGAAGAUACUCAACCUCCUCCUAGAGAGGGAGCAGCUCCUAGAAAUGGGAAAUAGACUCCGAGCUGAGCAGGGCCACGCGAAAGGGAAACUGACUCCUUGCCCAGGUCCUCCCACCUCUGAGCCCCAGGAUCCCCGGGAGGUACCUGAGAGACCUUUGGAUCGUGGCCCACCUUUGGGACAAUUGCAGCCCCAUUCAACAACUCAGGACCCCAGGCACACCAAGAGAAAAUGUGUUUCUGAAUAUGCAGGGAAGAAUCAACCCCACUCGGCACAAGUGGUCAACAAAAACUCCACCCCACAAGGCCACAAGGCAGGAAUGGCAUCAAGGCCUGUGCAGAAGCAGCAUAGAAUCCCCACAGAGACUUGGAAGUCAGUUUAUCAGAAAGAAAACAGGACUCCAAAGCUACCACAGGCUCAAGAAGUCCCCGAAGAAAGUGACCACCAUACACACAGAUCAUCUUCAUUGGCCAGCAGUUCCCUCCUAGAUACCUGGAGGCUGCUAGACCUGGGAUCCAGCCUUUCAGGCGUCCCCUCACAGGAUAACUCUGCUGCAGGGAUAUUAUUCUGCCUCCUAAAUGCUGGGAUUACAGAAAUUACACCCUGCAUGGGUUAAAGACUGAGGAAGUGGUCGGCUCACAGACGCAGGAGAUCAGAUAGAGAAGUGACCCUUGGUUUGUUUUUGUUUUUUAUUUUUUAUUUUUUUUUUUUCGGAGCUGGGGACCGAACCCAGGACCUUGCGCUUCCUAGGUAAGCGCUCUACCACUGAGCUAAAUCCCCAGCCCCUGUUUUUGUUUUUUAAAGACUUAUUUAUUAUGUGAGUCCAUUGACGCUGUCUUCAGACACACCAGAAGUGGGCAUGGGAUCCCAUUACAGAUGGUUGUGAGCCACCAUGUGGUUGCUGGGAAUUGAACUCAGAACCUCUGGAAAAGCAGUCAGUGCUCUUAACCACUGAGCCAUCCCUCCAGCCCAUGACCCUUGUUUUGGUUUGAUUUGACUUUGGUUUUUUGAGCCAUGGUCUUGCUCUGUAGCCCGGACAGGCCUGGAACUUGCAGCAGUCCUUCUGCCUCUGCCCCUGUGCCGUGCUAGUAUUAUAAACAUGGUGCUAUGACCACGACUUGUGGGUUUUGCCUGGUACAAAGCACUAGUGGUUUUAAGAGUUCUCAGUGGAACAGGGAUCACUACUUUAGUCUUCCUUGAUGAAUGGCUUCAGCAGAGAUGAGGAUGGGGACUCCCAACAGAAGCUCCCCUGUGCUGGUGGGUGGGGUGGGAGACAGAUUCAGAGAGAGGCGCUGGAAGAGGUAAAGGUAGGUCGGAUGUACUCCUGCAGUCCUAAACCUGGACAGAGGUGGACCGGCUGACUGGAAUAGAGGUGGACAGGCUUCCAGCACUGACAGGCAGGCCUUCCAACACACGUAGACUUUCCACGUAGCCUCUUAAGAGCAGGCUACAAUGCAGCUAACCCUGAGGGAGCCCCUGACUCUUGAACAACUGGUACCCCUGCCAGGCAUAAAUUCACAGGACCCAGAAGCGUGUCUGACAGCAGGUUCUCAGGAAAGCUGGGCCUGGGUCAGAGUGAGAGUCAUAGCUGGUGGCCACACCACAUGCUGUCCAUAGUCCCACCUGCAGCCUAGAGCACCCUGACUGGCAGCUGAAAGGGCAGCAGAAGCCACACAGUGAUCAACGAUGAUGUGUGGGGUGUGGGCUGAGGGAGAAGAGGGUGGCACAGACCAGCCAGUAUGCAUGCAGCUGUAGGUCACAACAUCCCAGGGAAGGUGGCGUGGGACAGAGCACCGUGUCAGGAGAACCAUGGGGAAUGGCACUGGUCAUAUCCUGCCAGAGUACAAGACCCACACAGGCCAAAGCACAUGCCUGCACCAAUUUGCAGGACAAGCAGAAGGAUACUGCCUCUAGCUGGCCAUCUGGGGUCCUCACAGUUCUGCUUUUGCUGAGUUGGCUGGUAAGGUUCCCAGGAGUCACAGAGCCUACCCCCUUCUCCUACUGGUUCAUUUUUAUCACUGAAGGGAUGCUGCCCUAGGACCCACAUACCUGCUUUUCAUGGGUCUCAUGGCCACCCUCACCUGUGCCUUAGGCCAUCUUCCUAGAAGCCUGCUUCUUGGAGCUCUCAGUAGAAAAGAUGGGGAGGGGGCUGGAGAGAUGGCUCAGCGGUUAAGAGCACCUGACUACUCUUCCAGAGGUCCUGAGUUCAAUUCCCAGCAACCACAUGGUGGCUCACAACCAUCUGUAAAGAGAUCCGAUGCCCUCUUCUGGUGUAUCUGAAGACAGCUACAGUGUACUUACAUAUAAUAGAUGAAUAAAUCUUAAAAAAAAAAAAAAGAAAGAAAAAGAAAAGAUGGGGAGGAGCUGAGCGAUCAUCCCCAGCCUGAGUGUGGGGUGUAGCUGGCACCCACGAUCUCUGGCUUCCUAGUUCACCCUGUAAAGGGUUUUUUGAGAGGAAAGGAUGGGUGUCGUCAGUGCUAUCUGGUGGCAGCUUGGGCAUGUGUAACUGAGUGGACCAUGAGAUUUGUCACUUUGUGUGCUAAUACUGUAACAGCUUGAGGACCUUAUUUCUGGACACAGUCGUACUUUGGGAGAUAAGGUGAGAUAAGAUGAAGAUGUGGCUGACCUCACCAUGUUAGUGAGGUGGGAUAAGACCAGAACCCAGUCAGUCUGUAAACCUCACUCUAAAAUCUAGGGUGGAAUUCUUCCCGGCUGCUUGUCUUUUGCACUUUGGGUGCAUUGUGAGCAGCAAACUGGCCAUUGACAGCCCUGGACAGUUAACAAUACUGACGAAAAAGCACAGGAGCCAUGAAAUAGUGUCCACAGUUAAGGACCCAGACAACCACUGAGGGACUGAGAUAGGAGGGUCAUGGGUUUGAGGAACCCUAGACCCUAUGGUGCCACCCUGUCUGGAGGCUGGGAUUACCUGCCUCAUGCCUCCAGGUUUUGAGGUGGAAAGGAAUAAGCACUGUUCACCCCAAACCCCUCAAUCCUCACUGUUUGGUUUCCAGUCCAGGGAUCAGUACAAGGCCUCAGCCCCACAACCAGCUAUGGACAGCUUCCUGUCAUACAGAACACCUGACACACACAUCCUGAGUCCUAUCCCCACACAUACACUGACUCCUACCCCCCCACACACACACGGACUCCUACCCACACACACACUGACUCCUACCCCCCCACACACACACCCUGAGUCCUACCCAUAAACACAUCCUGACUCCUACCCCCCAUACACACACACUGACUCCUACCCCCACACACAUACCCUGAGUCCUACCCAUACAUACAUCCUGACUCUUACCCCACACACAUACCCCGAGUCCUACCCAUACACAAAUCCUGACUCCUACCCCCCACACACACACCCUGACUCUUACCCCCUUCACACACACCCUGACUCUUACCCACACACACACACCCUGAGUCCUACCCAUAAACACAUCCUGACUCCUACCCCCCAUACACACACACUGACUCCUAUCCCUACACACAUACCCCGAGUCCUACCCAUACACAAAUCCUGACUCCUACCCCCCACACACACACCCUGACUCCUACCCCCUUCACACACACCCUGACUCUUACCACCCCCACACACACUCUGACUCCUACCCCCACACACAUACCCUGAGUCCUACCCAUAAAUACAUCCUGACUCCUACCCCCCAUACACACCCUGACUCCUACCCCCUUCACAGACACCCUGACUCUUACCCCCCACACACACUGACUCCUACCCCCACACACAUACCUUGAGUCCUACCCAUACACACAUCCUGACUCCUACCCCCCCAUACAGACACCCUGACUCCUACCCCUUUCACACACACACCCUGACUCCUACCCCCCCAUACAGACACCCUGACUCCUACCCCCUUCACAGACACCCUGACUCCUACCCCCACACACACUUUGACUCCUACCCCCCUUCACAGACACCCUGACUCCUACCCCCACACACACUUUGACUCCUACCCCCCUUCACAGACACUCUGACUCCUACCCCCACACACACUGACUUCUUUGCCCCCCCCCAUACACACCCUGACUCCUACCUCAUACGCACACCUGCCCACCUGCAAAAACAGCAGGCUUCCUCUCUCACCUUCAUUCUUACAAAAGCCUCAAGUCUUUUUUUUUUUUUUUUUUUUUUGGUUCUUUUUUUUGGAGCUGGGGACCGAACCCAGGGCCUUGCGCUUCCUAGGCAAGCGCUCUACCACUGAGCUAAAUCCCCAACCCCAAGUCUUUCUGAUUAGAACUAGCCCAAGGCCUGGGCCCAUUCUUCUGCUCUCUGUGUUACUGGGUAGCCCAGGAGCCCAGCACCCACCUGCAGACACAAGAAGACUUUUCCACUACACCUGUCCCUCAUACAACUAAGGGCAUCCUUCACCCCCCACUCCAUUUCCCUACCACCUGCCUCCUCCCUCAGCAAAAAGCUCCCCAGGCCAAUCCAAUAGGUCACGUCCCACCCAGCUUUCAGCAACUUGCCCCAGGCCUUUUUCUCUUUCUCUUAUUUAUCUUGAGUCCCUUCUGUCUCUUCAGGAACGCCCCUAAGGGUGGGGACACUUUGUCUUGGAUAGUAAACUCAAUACUUAAAAGGUUGAUGGAGUCCAAAGCCUAGUGUGGGGGUAGGAGAGGAUUGAAAUAAUUUUAGGAAGUAAAACUGAUUACUGAUAAGGUCACUGCCAAGCCUGGGACCAGACCACAGCUCAGUGGUGGUGUCCUAGCCUCACAUCCAGGAAGCUCCCAAUUCAUCCCUCCCUACUCCCACCUCAACACCUCACAGCUAACACUUGGCCCCUGAGAGUGGGACACAUCUACAAUCCCAGCACCCUGAAGCCUAGGUCAGUCAAGACACUUCAAGGAAAGAAAAAGGAAAAGAAAAGUAAGGCUUUAAUAGUACAUGUAUUUCCUGCAUGAAAAUAUUAAGUUUGAGUAGGGCAGUGGUUUUCUCCAGUAAAGAAACCUUUAAUGUAAUCCUAACUGAAAUAUGGACAGACUUUCUCUUAAAGCCAAACAAGUGGAUUUUCAAGUUCCACAGCAAUGAAAUGCCUGGGGAGGAGGCAUUCAGCUUGCUGCAGCCUUCCACAUGUUAAGCACUAAGACAUAUGAUGCAAGGCUGGGGCCUAUCUGAGUGGCAAGAGACUUACCUCCCAUGUGCCAGGCUCUAGGUUCGCUCACAGACACAUGCACAAGAGCAUCCAUGCACACACAACACAUGCAUAUGCGUGCACACACACUGAUUAACACAAUAGCUAGAGGUGAACUUGUUCCCAGUUCUGAGGCAGAGUUCUACUCCGGUGUGAGCAGCACUGUGAGGCAGUCAUCUUUAAACAGCUGUUUCCCCUCAGAGGAUACAUCUCUGAAGCUCACAGUUCCCAGCCAGGGGCUUCAGAAGAUCCCCUUAUCCAGAAGCACCUGUCUCCAAAGCUCAGUCUUGAGGCCGACCUCAUCUACCUUCUUGGAGUGCAGCUAUUGGUGCCCCCAAAUGUCUUUUCCAGGAAUUAGGAUAGUCCCGCUUCCCUAGUGUCUGUCCCAGGAAUGCAAGCGGACAGAUGUAUCAGAGAACCGCCUGCCUCCCUGGAAGAAAGGGGCUCCAGUGGCAGCCUGGUUCUGCCUCCCACCUCCCUCAGUUAGAAACCACCUGUGCAGGCUUCAGCUGGAACUCCAACCUUCUCAGAGCUGGCUCCAGUCCGCCCACUGCCUGUUCAGUUGCCUUCCACCUACCCAGCUGUCAAGAGCAGGUGCACUGUGCCUGUAAACACUUUUUUUUUUUUUUUUUUACGGAGCUGGGGACUGAACCCAGGGCCUUGCGUUUGCUAGGCAAGCGCUCUACCACUGAGCUAAAUCCCCAACCCCUUUAAACACAUUUUUGCCCUUUUCCUUCCAAUAGCCCUAAGCGCUUGCUUUUUUAUUAUAUCUGAAGAUCUUUUCAGAGUAUGUGUAGGCUGGUAGAUCUUUUGGCUAGUCCUCGGCCACACUUACUUUGUCUCAGGGUCUCAUGUGUUUCAUCUUCCACGUUAGAUGUGGUGCUGCAAUGUAUGUCCCUGUCCUUGUGGGAUCCAUGGUUGGACAAUUAUCUAGAAGGGAAAUAGCUGGGUUAAAGGUGUGGGUAGUUUGAAGUGUUACUAAAUUGUUCUAAAAAAAAAUCUGGCUCUAUGCCAGCAGCUGCCUGCCGGGCAGGUGGAAAGCAACUCUCAGCUCCAGUACCCAGACCUUCUCUCCGACUGAUACAUGAAAACUGAUACUUCAUUGUUCGUUUUAAUUUACCAGUUGCAGUUGGGGGGGGGGGGGGCUUGGGUGUUUUGUUUUGUUUUGCUUUGCUUUGCUUUUUGAAACAGGGUUUCUUGUAAGCUAGGUCUUGUUUCAAACUCUACAUAGCUUAAAAUGAUUUUGAACUUUUGAUCCUCCUGCUUCCAACUCCGUAAUUCCCAGUUGCUUGUUUUGUUGCUGUUUGUUUUUGUUUUUGUGGCAGGGUGUGGCUGAAUAGCACUGACUGUCCUAGAACCAUGCUCUGUGUCGUAGAUCUAGGCUUGAAUUUACUAAAAUCCACCUGCCUCUGCCUUCACAGUGCUGAGAUUAAAGGUGCAUGCCACCACGCCCAGUCCAUUAACCUGCAGUUCUGAAGCUGUAGAUGGUUGGGUUUAAUGUGGAUUUUCGACCUUUUCACAGAGGACAAUUGAAACUGAGGACUUGGGAUAACACUCUUUGGAGAAGGGGAUAGACAAGGUGCUGGGAGACUAGAGGCAGGGCAGAAGGUCCAUACCUACAGGGACCAGGUAUUGAGGGGUUCUAGGUGAGAUUGGCCUGAACAGCCAGUGUAUGGAAGGUACCCUUCAAUGCUUGGCAAGUUCUUGGUUUGCAGGACAUCUAGGUAUACAAAACAAAAUCCUACGCACAGUGAUCCCGUCUCCAAGUAGAAACCAGGCCAGAUGGGAGGUCAGCUGGGUGAAAAUGGAGGGUUUAGGAGGAGGGCUAAGGUUGUCCCCAGGACAAAGGGUCAUGGGCGUGGAAGCUCCUGAGGAAUGUGGCUACUGGUUGGGACUAGCCCAGCCCCUCCCUGCUCAGUACUGGGCUUCUAACUUGUCAGCUUCUGCCACCAAACUGAAGGCUAGGCACAGUACAGUGUAAUGGUUGGGUUGGAUUUUUUGUUUUUUAAUGUCAUGGGUUGUUUUUAGUGUAUCCUCAUAGCACAGGACUCUAACUCCAGCUCUUGGUAGGCUGAGGAAAGAAGAUCAUCAGAAAUGAAAGACCAGCCUGGGCUACAUACCGGAGCCCAGUCUAAAAGGGAAAAAAAGUUUAACGCCCUUUCUUAAGUCCUACUUACAUAACACACCUGCUGUGUGUAUCCUGACUGUGACAGUGGCCCCACUGCUACCUGGCUUUUCUUAUCUGGAGAUCCAGAAGGAAAAAAGGAAAAAAAAAAAAAACUGAACUGCCAACGCUUACCUGAUGGCCUGACAGCUGAGCCUCCCUGUCCUAGACUCAGCUGGAAUGGCCAGCCCACUCCCUCAGGCCUCACUAGGAGAGCACUCCUGCAGGGAAAGGGUGGGAGGAUAGGCAGGAAGUGGCCACUGGGCUAGGCCUGGACACACCCACACUGGCUCCUCCCUGGCUCUGUGGAUCUAAUAAGCAUCUGUUUCUAGGGAAGUUAGAAAAUGUUUUUUCCCCUUUAAAAUAUUCACAUUGAAAAUAAAAUCAAAACUGUUUGUUGGUUGAGACAGGGUUUCUCUGUGUAUCCCUGGCUGUCCUGGAAUUCACUCUGUAGAUCGGGCUGACCUUGAACUCAGAUCCACCUACCUCUGCCUUCUUAGUGCUGGGCCUUGUGGUUGCUAGGCAAGCUCUCUACCACUGAGCCAAAUCCCCAACCCCCAAAACAAUUCUUUUAAGGACCUGAGGACACACCUUUGAGGGUAACCGUGCUGGCUGCACCAGCUGAAGGACCUGAGUUCAGGUCCCAGCACCCAUAGAAGCCAAUGGUGAUAACGUGUCCCUGUCACGGUGCUGGCAAGUCUAGCUGAAACAGACAGUGUGCUCUAGAUUCAGUGAGAGAGGAACCUUAGCGUUAAAAAACAGUCAGCUGUGGUGGUGCACACCUUCCCAGCACUUGGGACGCAGGGGUAGGUAGAGUUCUCUGUAGACCAAGAUCAGACGUGAUAGAGUGGCCAUGCCUCAAAAGAUUAAGGUGCUGUAACCCCAGCACAUGAGACACAGAGGCAGGCAGAUUUCUGAAGUGGAAACAUAAAGGUUUUUUGGAAAAUCUGUCAGAUGGUGUUUUGCUAGGGCAAACACAUGAAGGAACGUUUAGCUGAAGUGGACACAGCCAGACUCGUAAAGGAAUGUUUGGCAAAAGCAGACAUAGAUAGAAAGGUGUUUUGUUAAAGCAAGCACGUGAAAAGACAUGUGAUGAAAGAUUUUUUUUUAUUGAUGACACAUAUAUUUGUCUGUCAUAUUGUGUAGUUGAACUGUAUUUGUCGGACUCUAUAGAAAAAUACAGCAGAAAGUCUUCUGGUGGUGUGCUGCAGUUUCCUGUUGCUUCCGUGUACUGACUGACAAUGACAUCAGCUGAGACAGACCUAUAGAAGACACGUUUAGAGAGUAUAAAUAGGACUCGAUGGACAGUGACAGAGGCUGAGCUUGGCUUGCUGAUAGAACUCGCUGUGUAACUCCUGUGGGUCUCUUUGCUGCUCUUCGAUUUUCUGAGAGAGGCACAGCUGAGAUUCUGGUGUUCCUCCGGGUCCCUCCUGCUAACUCAAGCCAAGACUGAGGCCUGGCUGUUCCUAUUAGGUCGUGCCACUGCUGUUACUGACCAGAGUUUCUGUUUGUAAUGUUUGUAAGUGGAUCGAGCUGCCUCUGCUAAUCUAUAAAGUGAACUGCUGAUUUCCAGACAACACAGAAGAGAGUUGUCCCGCAGAACCUUUCUAAACAGGUCUACUUCUCCCAUAUCCUUUCUUUUCCACAACCUCUGGUGGGUGGUGGACUAAAGGGAGGUUAAAACCAUCAUUAAAAAUCAGUUUUAAAAGCUUAAAAUUACAGAUUUCCCCGAGUUUGAGUACUGUAAUCCCAGCACUACUGAGGCAGAGGCAGAGGCAGAGGCAGAGCCAGAGGCCAGAGGCCAGAGGCCAGAGGGCAGAGGGCAGAGGGCAGAGGGCAGAGGGCAGAGGGCAGGGGCAGGGGCAGAGGCAGAGGCAGAGGCAGAGGCAGAGGCAGAGGCAGAGGCAGAGGCAGAGGCAGAGGCAGAGGCAGAGGCAGAGGCAGAGAGGCAGGCAGGCAAAUCCCUGAGUUUGAGACCAGCCUACUCUACAGAGUAAAUUCUAGGACAGACAACACUGUAUAGAGAAACCCUGUUUCAAAAAACAUACAUACAUACAUACAUACAUACAUACCCACAUACAUACAUACAUACAUACAUAUAUACAUAAGAAGGAGCUGACAAGAUGGCUUAGUGGGUAAAAGUGAGCUGCCAAAUCUGACAAGUGGAAUUCGGCCCUGGGAAACAUCGAGGAAAGAACACCACAGAUUAACUUCUAACCUUCGUAUACAUGCUGGGACAAGUGUGUGCACACUUCCCAACAAAGGAACAAAAAAUGGGGGUUGGAGAGAUGGCCCAGCCAAUAAUAGCACAUGUUGCUCUUGCCAAAAACACAGGUGUGAUUUCCAGCACUCACAUACUGCUCACAUUUUUUAUUCGUUUUAUGUAUGAGUACACUGUAGCUGUCUUCAGACACACCAGAAGAGGGCAUCAGAUCCUAUCACAGAUGGUUGUGAGCCACCAUGUGGUUGCUGGGAAUUGAACUCAGGACCUCUGGAGGAGCAGUUGGUGCUCUUAACCGCUGAGCCAUCUCACCAACCUCCUUCAAAAACCUUUAAAAAUUAAUUAAGUUAAACUUUAAGGGGGCUGGAGAGAUGGCUCAGCCAUUAAGAGCACUGACUACUCUUCCAGAGGGCCUGAGUUCAAUUCCCAGCAACCACAUGGUGGCUCACAACCAUCUGUAAUGAGGUCUGAUGCCCUCUUCUGGCCUGUGGGUGUACAUGCAGGCAGAAAGCUGUGUGAUGUAUACAUAAUAAAUACUGUUAAAAAAAAACUUUAAAAUGUUUACUUUUGAACAUUAGCAUUUAAUUGAGGCAAAAUGGGUAUGGGCUAAUCUCAGAGGAUUAAUCUCACACUCCUGAAGUUUUACCAGAUGUGGCCUCCAUCUAGUCACUGGGAUGCCUUGUGGACUUCAACUGCAGCUUCACUAUCAGCACCAGUUGAAGGCAAGGUGGGCUGGAGGAGAGAUGGCUCCGCACUUAAGAGAACUGGUUGUGGCAUGACGGCAUGUGCUUUUGAUUCCAGCACUUAGGGAGACAGAAGCAGUAUGAGGACCAGCCUUGUUUACAGAGUGAGUUCCAGGGCAGCCAGAGACUCUGAGAAACUCUGUCUUGAAAGCCCAUUAAUAGUAGUAGUAGUAGUAGUAGUAGUAGUAGUAGUAGUAGUAGUAGUAGUAGCAGCAGCAGCAGCAGCAGCAGCAGUAGUAUAGAUAGAUAGAUAGAUAGAUAGAUAGAUAGAUAGAUAGAUAGAUGUGUGGGUGGGUGGAUGGUUGAUGGAUGGAUGGAUGGAUGGAUGGGCAGACAGAUGGAUGGACAGACAGGUGGGUGGAUGGAUGGAUGGGUAGAUAGAUGAUAGAUAGAUAGAUUGAUAGAUAGAUAGAUAGAUAGAUAGAUAGAUGAUGGAUAGAAGAUGGGUGGAGGGAUAGAUGGAUGGAUGGAUAGACAGACAGACAGACAGACAGACAGACAGAUAGUACUAGCUUUUCUUCCUGAGGACCUGUGUUCAAUCCUAGAUACCCACAUGGCUCUCUAAGCCUCCUGUUGCUCCAUUCCCAGGGAAUCUGGCACAUACUUCAGAAUGGUGAUGUGGGGUUUUGAUGCAUUUCCUGAUUUGUUUCUUAGCCCCCAACCUGGCCUCCUGUAAUGUGUAUUAACUAGGAGUCCCUGGCAUCAGAGCUGUCUACUGUCUGGCCUCUGCAGGAGCUUUGUGUCUCUUGUGAAACCCAAGGUGAGCUCAGGAGAGCAGGCAAGCUGUCCCUGUGGGAGAUGGUAAUGAGCUGUGUGAUGCUUAUUUAUGAUAAGAAAAAUCAAGUGAAAAUCUCACAGGAUGGGUAACCUCCAAGAACAGUUUGUGACUACUGUAAACUAACCCAGAACACUGUGUUCCUUUCCUGUCUACUUCAAACACUAGAAAACUGACACACAAGUCCCCUAAGAUGUGAGUAACCUGAGCUGGAAGGUAGACAUGGGGCUUCUUACAGCCAAGGCAAUGAGACGCAUGGGCCAAGAAGACCCUAGCAACCACCCCUCUGCAAGGGAGAACAAACCUCAGCUUCCUGUCAGUUCAGCUCCAGGAACUUUCCAGAGGAGGGCAAAGAGAGCCUGUGCAGCCCUGGCUCCCCUCAGCUCGACCUGGCCACUGUCACAGCAGCCUCACACUGGGCCAGACUGCCUCGCUCAUGAGAUGAGGGUGCCUCUCCGCUUCUCAGCUUGUCUGUCCUUGGCUUGGUCCCUGUUGCUGAGUGAGAGCCUGCAGCUGGCAACACUUCUCUGAGAUGCCUGCGCACCACCCACAGCAUCUUUGAACUGCCUUUACAGAAACCUGGGCAGAGGCUGGAGAGACGGCUCAGUAGUUAAAAGUACUGGCUGCUCUUCAGAGAACCUGAGUUUGACUCCAGAUGCCCACAUAGCUGCUUAAAGUUGUCAUAACUCUAGUUCCAGGGGAUCCAAUGAACUCACACACACAUAAGAUUAAAAAUAAAUAUUUAAAAAUAAUAUUAAAAGACAGGGGGUAGUGUGGCCCACCUCUAGAAUAGCCAGGGACACACACACACACACACACACACACACACACACACACACAGAGAGAGAGAGAGAGAGAGAGAGAGAGAGAGAGAGAGAGAAACUUUUGCUUUAGAAAGGAAGAAACAAACGAACAAGCAGAGCUGCGGAGAUCCUGAAGUGGAUGAGCUGCCCAUUUGCCUGUACUGAGGUCCCUCAAGACAAAGGGCCCUCCACAAUUUUGAGACACAGAUGCCCAGAGAUUUUUUUUUUUUUAAUAGUUAUGAAGCUAUGAGGACUGCCACUCAGGAACGCAACAAGUUGAAGUCACUUCUAAAGCAAAGCAAAUAUAUUUAGAAAUAACCAAAUCAACUUGCUUCUUAGUGGUAUUUGUUCUAAGGCCAUAGAAUUCUGGCACCCACUUCUGCUCCUGCAAGCUCUACUGAUAAAGACUUCACUCUGAGGUUCCCCAUAAACAACUGGAUAAAGAUACAAAGCAGCUAACUAUUUGCAGACAGGAGGGCAGGCAUUGCUGCGUGCCACCCUUAGGAGCAGAAGCCAGUUUUAGGUCGUCUGACCUUCUGUCUGGAGAGCAAGGAACAGGUAAGCACAGGCAAUACGUUGUGGAAGAGACAGAGAAUGGGACUUGGAGAGGCCAGGAGGAUGAACCUUAAGGCAGAGUCUAGGAAAAAGAGAGAUUUGUACAGAAAGGAGUCCUAGAUAGCCCACAGCGUGUGCGGCAAGUAAGGAUCUGGGCUGUGGGACCUGGGUGGUGGACCACUUUUCUGGCAUGCCCAAGGGUCUGCUUAUCCCAGCACCAACAAUGCAAAUGCAAAACAAGUGCAGAGAAUGGAUGACCACAAACUCAAGGCCAGCCUCCUCUACAUGUGGCAUUCCAAACCAGCCAGGACAACACGUGGGACCCUGUCUCAAUAAUCUCCUUCCCCCCAAAUUUUUUGAGGCCAGCCUAGGGUAUAUAGCUUGAGACUCUAUCUCAAAAAGCAGUGAAAGAGAAAAAGAGGGAGGAGAAAGAGGAAUUAAGGGGAGAAACAGGGAAAAAAAGAAAGAGAAUACUAACAAGAUGACUGACUUCAGAGCUCUGCCAGGGAGGAGGGUGCUCAGGCCCCAGGCCCCAGAGAAAGCACCAUGAGGGAGGGCAAAGCCUCAUCUGCUUCUACAGUCUUGAGGCGCCUAGACAAUUGCUCAACUAUAGAAGAUCAAUGCAGGCUUCUCUGAAAGACAGAGGGAAUUUCAGUAACAUAAGAAAAUGUCUAGGGGCUGGAGAGAUGGUUCAGUGGUUAAGAGCGCUUGACUGUUCUUCCAGAGGUUCAGUAUAUCUCCAAAAAUGAAAAAAGAAAGGAAAAAAAAAAAAAAACAACCCAUGUCUAGUAGCAUCAAAUCAAUCUAUAAGACACAUGAAGUGUAUGGAAAUAUCCAUUAACAAAGAGGGAUAUAAGGCCAGGUUGGCUGGUAGCCACUCCUUUACCCAGCACUUGAGAUACAGAGGCAGACUGAUGUCUGAGUUCCAGGCUAGCCGGUCUACAGAGUGAGUUCCAGGACAGCCAGGGCUACACAGAAAAACCCUGUCUCCAAAAACCAAACCAACACACACGGAGGAAAAUCAGUCAGUGAAAAGAUCUCAGAAAUGCGGGAACUAGCAUGAGCUGUUACGAGGGCUGGAGAUGUGGACUCCCCUAGCACGCACAUAGACCUGGGUUCAAUCCUAGCACCAUAUGAUCCAGACAUCAGGCGCAUUCCCAUAAUUGUAGCACAUAGAAGACAGAAGUAGGAGGACCAGGAGCUGAAGGUCACCCUUGACUACUUAGCUCAGUGGUUCUCAACCAUUCUGAUGCUAAGAUCCUUUAAGACAGUUCCUCCUGUGGUGGUGACCCCACCCAUAAAAUUAUUUAGUUACUAUUUCAUGUCUGUCUGUAAUUUUGUUGUAAAUACCUGAUAUGCAGGCUAUUUGAUAUGUGACCCCUCAAAGGGUGGGAGACUCACAGGUUGAGAACCAUUGAUUUAGUUCUAGGCUAGCCUGGGCUAUUGUCAACACAUUUGGAGGGGCAGUUUUUAAGAAGAUUUUUUUUUUUUUGGUUCUUUUUUUCGGAGCUGGGGACCGAACCCAGGGCCUUGCGCUUCCUAGGUAAGCGCUCUACCACUGAGCUAAAUCCCCAGCCCCAAGAAGAUUUAUUUGUUUGCUUGUUUUUCUCUUUAAUUAUUUUUCUUACUUCUCAACCAAUUUCUCCCAGUCCCUCCCCACAACUACCCCCUUGUCCCCUACCCUAUCCACUCCUUCUUGGUUUCUCUUUAAAAAAGAAAGCUUUGUGGGAUGGUGGUGACACAUGACCUUGAUUCCGAACAGGAUCUCCACAAUCUCAGGAGAGGUGUUUGAAAACAUAGUGUUUUGUUUUGUUUUUUUAAUUACCUUUAUUGUCUUACAGUCCUUACCUCCCCACCCCUGUCUGCCAUCCCACAUUCCUCAUCCCAUUUCUCCUCCCCACUCUCUCCAAGAGGAUGUCCCCACCCCCUGCCAGGCCUUCCACUCCCUGGGACCUCAAGUCUCUUGAAGGUUCGGUGCAUCUUCUCCCACUGGGGCCAGACCAGGCAGUCCUCUGUUGUAGAUGUGUCAGGGGCCUUAGACCAGCAGGUGCAUGCAGCCUGUGUCUAAGAGAGCUCAGGGGUCCAGGUUAGUUGAAACUGAUGGUCUUCCUAUGGGGUCACCUCAGGAGUACCUCAGCUUCUUCCAGCCUCUCCCUAAUUCAACCAUAGGGGUCCCCAACUUCAGUCCAUUGGUUAAGUGUAAGUAUCUGCAUCUGACUCGUUCAGCUGCUUGUUGGGCCUCUCAGAGGACAGCCAUGUUAGACUCCUGUCUGUAAGCACACUAUAACAUCAGUAAUAGUGUCAGGUCUUGGAGCCUCCCCUUGAACUGGAUUCCAAGUUGGCCUGGGCACUGGACCUCCUUUUCCUCAGGCUCCUCUCUGUUUUUGUCCCUGCAGUUCUUUCAGACAGGAAUAAUUCUGGGUCAGAGUUUUUGACUGUGGGAGGGCAACCCCACCCCUCCACUUGAUGCUCUGUCUUUCUUCUGGAAGUUCCCUCUCCCCACUGUUGGGCAUUUCAUCUAAGGUCCCUCCUUUUGAGUCCUGAGAGUCUCUCACCUCCCAGGUCUCUGGUCCUCCUACCUCCCACCCCCCAACCCCAGGUUUCAUAUUUCCAUUCAUUCUGCCAGCCCUCAGGGCUUUUCUCCUGCCCCUCCCCCCAAUACCUGAUCAUGUUCCCCCUUUCCCCUCCCCCCCCCCCUGCUUCUCACAAUUGCUUUCUUCUCCCUCCCAAGUGAGAUUAAAGAAUCCUUACUUGGGCCCUUCGGCUUGUUAACCUUUCUGAGUUCUGUGGGUUGUAUCCUGGGUGUUCUGUACUUUUUUGGCUAAUAUCCACUUAUUAGUGAGAACAUACCAUGCAUGUCCUUUUAGGUCUAGAUUACCUCGCUCAGGAUGAUAUUUUCUAGUUCCAUCCAUUUGCCUGCAAAACUCAUGGUGUCCUCGUUCUUUUUUUUUUUUUUUUUUAAUUUUUAUUUUAUUUAUGAGUACACUGUAGCUGUUUUCAGACACACCAGAAGAGGGCAUCAGAUCUCAUUACAGAUGGUUGUGAGCCACCAUGUGGUUGCUGGGAAUUGAACUCAGGACCUCUGGAAGAGCAGUCAGUGCUCUUAACCGCUGAGCCAUCUCUCCAGCCCCCGAUGUCCUCGUUCUUAAUAGCUCAGUAGUAUUCCACUGUGUAAGUGAACCACAUUUUCUGUGUCUACUCUUCAUUGUGGGACAUCUGGGUUGUUUCCAGCUUCUAUCACAGAUAAGGCUUCUAUGAAUAUAGUGGAGCAUGUGCCUCUAUGGUAUGGUGGGGCAUCUUUUGGGUAUAUGCCCAAGAGUGGUAUAGCUGGGUCUUCAGGUAGAUCUAUUUCCAGUUUUCUGAGGAACCUCAGAUUUCCAGAGUGGUUGUACCAGUUUGCAAUCCCACCAGCAGUGGAAGAGUGAACUCAUUGGCACGGGGAGUGGGAGACUUCCUAAACAAUUCCAAUGGCUCCAAUGAUUUUCAAAAAAUCAAACAACCCAAUCAAAAAAUGGGAUAUUAGAGCUAAACAGAGAAUUCACAACAGAGAAAUCUUGAAUGGCUGAGAAGCACUUAAAGAAAUGUUGAAAGUCCUUAGUCAUCAGGGAAAUGCAAAUCAAAAUGACCGUGAGAUUCCACCUGACACCAAUCAGAAUGGCUAAGAUCAAAACCUCAGGUGACAGCACUUGCUGGUGACAGCACAUGCUGGCAAGGAUGUGUAUUUGUUCUUGACCAGUUGUUUGGUCAGUUGGUUUGAUAAGGUUCACUUUGUAGCUCUGGCUGGUCUCGAGCUCACUAUGUAGACACACUAGCCUCAGACUCACAGAGAUCACCACCUCUGCCUCCUUAGUGAUGGGAUAAAAGGCACACACCACCCAGCAGCGUAAUCACGUUUUUUUAAAAAACAGUGACAAGUGGCCUAGGGAGGAGGUCCAGCUAAGUUUGCCAGGCACACCCAGUGCUCUGAGCCGGGUCCCUGUAACCCACAUAUACGUGGGAGAGGUUAACUCUUCAGCUGACUCCUGCCCCCAAACGUGUACCAUAGACUCUCCACUUAUAUCAUACACCUACACACGCUCACACACACACACACAGAGACACACACACACACACACACAGAGACACACACACAUUCACACACACACUCACACACACCACACACACACACAGAGACACACAUUCACACACACACAGACACACAUUCACACACACACAGACACACACACACACUAAUAAAAAAACAUUUUUUAAAGAAGGAGGUAAAGAAAAAAACCUUAAUGCUAUCAAAGAAAAACUAGCACAUUGUACAUAAGGCUAGAUAAAAAUCCUGAUAGGCUCCUCUUGGAAACUAAAAACCACAAACCAGGAUUUCCACUUGGAAAUACAGACCAGGCCUGGUCUGGUGUAUAUUCCUUCCAGUAACUUUAGUGCUUAGGUUGAAAUAGAAUGGCUGAAAGUACAAGGUUAAUGACACAGAAAUCUUGUCUCCAAGAGCAGUAACUUAAAAAACAAACAGGCAGGGCUGGGGAUUUAGCUCAGUGGUAGAGCUCUUGCCUAGCAAGCGCAAGGCCCUGGGUUCGGUCCUCAGCUCCGAAAAAAAGAAAAAAACAAAAACAAACAAACAAACAAAAAAACCAAACAGGCCUGCCUUUAUGGUUGCACGCCUUUAGUCCCACCACUCAGGAGGCAGAGGCAGGCUGAUCUCUGAGUUCCAGGCUGGCCCGGUCUACAAAAUGAAUCCAGACCUACUCAGAGAAACCCUGUUUCGAAAAAGCAAAAAAAAGGAAAAAGCAAACAUAGCUGGCCUGUAGCUCAGUGUUAGAACACUAGGUGGGCUGAGAACCUUCAAUUGAUAAGAAUGUUUACCUAGAGUCCUCCAUACCCAGCACAGCAUAAAUAUAGUAGCAUGGGUCUGUCAUCCUAGCAUGUGGGGGGAGGGGUGGCAGGGGGAAGGCAGGACAAUCAAGUGAUUCAGCUAUACCUGGAGUUUGAGACCAACCUAGGCUUCCUUUAUUUUUUAAAAAAAGGCCAGCCGUUUUAGCCCAGCAUGCGGUGGGGGUCUUGUGGGGGGUGGAGCAAGGCAGGUAGGUCUCUGAGUUCAGGACAGCCUGGUCUUUAAAACAAGAGGAAAGGCAGGGCUACACAAAGAAAACCUGUCUUGAACCACCCUCAUCAAUGUUUUUUUUAAAAUAGGUCUCACCAGACAGAUGUAAUUUAGUUCAUUCUCUGGCUUCACAAAAUGUAUUUACAUGGUCUAAACACUCUGCUAUCUGACUUGGAGUAAAAGCUAAAAUUGAGCUCUAUCCCGCCCCCAGGAGCCCACACAACAAGGCAGUGACACACACCUAUGGUCCUAUAUAGAUAAAUAAUCACGGUUACUCCACAGACAAGGCAGAAGGACCAGUGGAACCUGGGAGUUCCAUACCAGCACAUGUAUUCUGUGCACAUGGAUGUUCUGCCUACACAUAUGUCUGAAGCCCAAAGAGACUGCUGUAUCCUCUGGGACUAGAGCCACAGACAGUUGUGAGCUGCCGUGUGGGUGCUGGAGAUGGAACCUGGGUCCUUUGGAAGCGCAGCCAGUGCUCUACAGCGCUUGCACGCUCGCUCUCUCUCUCUCUCUCUCUCUCUCUCUCUCUCUCUCUCUCUCUCUGACAGGGUUGAAUACAGCUGAGGGUGACAGUACACUGGAACUCAUCCUCCUGCCUCCAUACCCAAGGUGCUGAGAUUAUAGGAGUUUGUCACCACAGCCACAAGACACCCCCUCUCUCAGGGGAAAAAAAAAUCUAAAAAUAGGUUAAGAAGGCCAAGAAUCCAGCAAAAGAAAAACAACUGACCAGUUAACACAGCUGCUUAGGCUAAUUUUUUUUUUCUGUGAGAGGAUUAAGUCUCAACAAGGAGUGUUUCCUCAGGAAAGCAUCUCUACGGCAGGACACAACAGUCCCAGGUCCUCCACAAAAGAGCACAGCAGGCACACGGUAUCUCUAUACCCACGCAGGCACAGUGCAUAGAAACAAGAUCUCUAGAGGGGACACAAGGAGCACAAAAGCAAUAGCCAAGAAAUGGAAGAAAUGGUUCAGCUCUAGAAAACCAGGACUUGGGCGGGAGAGAUGGCUCAGUGGUUAAGAGCACCGACUGCUCUUCCAGAGGUCCUGAGUUCAAAUCCCAGCAACCACAUGGUGGUUAACAACCAUCUGUAAUGGGAUCUGAUGCCCUCUUUUGGUGUGUCUGCAGACAGCUACAGUGUACUUACAUAUAGUAAAUAAAUAAAUCUUUAAAAAAAGAAAAAAGAAAACCAGGUAUGCAGAAAUAGCAGGUCACUGUUGGGGUCCAGCAGUGGACCAAGCUAAGGUGUCAACAUAGAAUUGCCAUUCCUGUCCAACUUAAAGCCAAGCUCUUUACCUCACCUUCUAGAAAUUAGUCCUAAAGAGACAACUGCCAAAUUCUCAAACAGGCCACUUUCAAUUGGCAAGAAAACAGUUCUCUCUACCCUAAUCCUCUCACAGAAUAGCCUAUAAGGCUAGCCAGUGUUGCUUAAUCAGUUACUUUUCUAUUGUUCUAGCUGCCAGUUCAACCUUGCAAAGAAAGUGGUUUUGUUUAGUUCCUUAAUUUUGUUCUGCUGAGAGGAUUGAGCCCUGGGUCAUGUAUAAGGUAGGCUAGUCCUCUAUCACAGAGCAACAUCUCCAAUAAGGAAAGCUAAAUUGAAAUAACCUUUUCAGCUGACCCUUGUGGCAAAGGCCUGUAAUUCCAGCUUGGGCAGCAAAUCUUCCUGUCUCAGCUUCCAGAGAACUGUAGCAUGAACAGACGUAAGUCACCAUGCCCAGCCACAACAGGACUGGCUUUGUCUUCAGGCCAUAUAUCAUACCAUAAUAUUUUCCUAACGUAAUCUUUCCGUUUGUGCUAUUCUACUGAAUAAGUAUUGACAUGAGUUCAGUAGAUGUUAGUUUGUCAAUAAAAAAAAGGCCAAGCAAGCAGAAAAUAAAGCUAAUCUGCACGCCUGACCUCAACCAAAAGGGGAGCUUGUAUUAAACAUGUAUACACUUUAUUCUGUCACCCCCCACCAUACAGUCUGGCAGUUGUUUAGAGGGUGGGCGUGUAUAUUGUAUGUUAAGUUAUAUGGAAUCAAGAGUGAGGUAGAGUCAGUGGCAUCUUUCAAAACUCAUGUUUAAACACUGAGGCAUCUCAUAUAAGGACUAGGGUAUAUUUAGUGUUGGGGAGCGAGAUGGCCUGGAGCCAAACCCAGUAGAUAUUAAGGUGUGAGUCUACUUGAUUUUAGCAAUUAUACACCAGGAAAUAGGGACAAAGGCCAAAGGACUUAUUAGCCAUAAAUCACAAUGGCACAGGACGUGUGGGUGAGCUUGUAUGCUGCAGCCAUACUGACCCCAGUGUUUAGCACUGGAUCCUAUACACGUUUUACUUGUAAAGCUUGCCAAAGGCAGAACUUUCUCCAUUGAAUAUGUGAGAGAGUGCACAGAAGUGAAGGUCUUGAAAGAUGCGUGAAGAAUCUCCGAGGAGACCGACACCUCUACCUCAUGUGAUUUCGAGGACACAGGCCUCUUCUGAUGGCCGUGAUACUCAGACAUCCCAGUAUCAAAGAAUAUAUUUAAGGUCUGUGCACAUACAUGUGUUUUCCUCCCAGGCCCACAGGCAGGGAAAUAACUGGGGUGGGAGCCAUAGGGGGCUGGGCAGGAGUUGUGACAUCAUCUGGAGGCUGAUGUGUAGAGGUUUGUAUCACAGUGACCCUGUACCCACUUUGUCAUGCUCCAGCCGGUACCGAGCGAAUCAGAUGAAAGGUGAGAAUCUUUCCACACAGGCGUUCUCCCUGCCCAGCCAUAUUGCCUCUUUCUUUCCUUUCCUUUAGCUUGAAUUUGAACUUGCAAUCCUCCUGCAUCUCUGCCUCUCAGGUGUGGAAAUCACAGUGUGAGCCACCAAACCUAGUGUCUUCUUGUUUUUAACUUAACAUUUCCUUUCCUUCCUUUUUUUUUUUUUUCUUUUCUUUUCUUUUUUUCGGAGCUGGGGACCGAACCCAGGGCCUUGUGCUUGCUAGGCAAGCGCUCUACCACUGAGCUAAAUCCCCAACCCCUCCUUCCUUUUUUUUAAGACAUGGUUUGCCCUGGCUUUUCUGGAAUUCACAGAGAUCCGGGUAUGCCAACAUACUAGGCUUAUCUUAAACAUUUUCAUGAUGGAUGGCUUAGAUGAAAAAAAAAUCACAAGUAUUUAUGACUGGGAAAAAAAAUCAUAGAGCUGAACAGUAAUGUCUCAGGCCUUGAAUCCCAGCACUCGGAGGCAGAAGAAGGUGUCACCAAGUUUGGGGCCAGCCAAGUCUACAGAGCAAGUUCCAGGACAGUCAGGGCUACAUAGAGAAGUCCUGUUUGGAUGCCCCCCCCCAACACACACACACACAAAGCCCCCUGGUAUGGUAACCCCCCCCACACACAAAGCCCCCUGGUAUGGUAACACCCCCCACACACACACAAAGCCCCCUGGUAUGGUAACACCCCCCCACACACACACACACAAAGCCCCCUGGUAUGGAUGACCCACACACACACACAAAGCCCCCUGGUAUGGAUGCCCCCCCCCCACACAAAGCCCCCUGGUAUGGAUGCCCCCCCACACACACACAAAGCCCCCUGGUAUGGAUGCCCCACACACACACACAAAGCCCCCUGGUAUGGUAACCCCCCCACACACACACAGCCCCCUGGUAUGGUAACCCCCCCCACACACACACACACAGCCCCCUGGUAUGGAUGCCACACACACACACACACACACACACACAGCCCCCUGGUAUGGAUGCCACACACACACACACACACACACACAAAGCCCCCUGGUAUGGUAACCCCACACACACACACAGCCCCCUGGUAUGGAUGCCCCACACACACACAAAGCCCCCUGGUAUGGAUGCCCCCCCACACACACACAAAGCCCCCUGGUAUGGAUGCCCCACACACACACACACAAAGCCCCCUGGUAUGGAUGCCCCCCACACACACACAAAGCCCCCUGGUAUGGAUGCCCCCCACACACACACAGCCCCCUGGUAUGGUAACCCACAGUUUUAAUCCUAGCACUAGGGAGGUGGAAGCAAAUGGAUCUCUGUGACUUGGGUGCCAGCUUGGUCUACAGAACGGAUUCCAGGCCAACUAGAGUUACAGGAUGGGACUCUGUCUCAAACAGAUUAAAAAAAAAAAAAAUCAAAGGGGCCAUGGUAGCACAUGCUGUAAUUCUGGCACUCAGGGAUUACAGAGUUAAAUUCCUGUCUGAAAAGCACAAUUUUGGGCUUCGAGAUGGGAUAGUAAUUAAAAGAGCUUGCCAACGAGGCUGAUGGUAUCAAGCAAUAACUGACUUGCCAGGCAUGGUGGUAUGACUCCCUGAUUCCAACAUUAGGGAGGCGGAGGCAGGCAGGUCUCUGAGUUCAAGGCCAGCCUGGUCUACAGAGUGAGUUUCUGGAAUGUCCAGGGCUACACAGAGAAACCCUGUCUUGAAAAGGAAAGAAGGAAGGGAAGAAGGAGAGAAGGAGAGAAAGAAUGAAAUGACUCCUGGAUGUUGUCCUCUAAUGGCCAUGUUUGUGUAGUCACACAUAUCACACACACACACACACACACACACACACACACAUGUAAUAAUAGUGGCAAUAAUGACGGUGAUAAUCUAACCAUUGAAAUAUAGGAGCUGGACAGACAGCUCAGUGGUUAAGAGCACUUACUGUUCUUGUAGAGGAUCUAGACUGGGUUUUCAGCAUCUGUGUCUGUCAGCUCAUGACUGCCUUAAUUCCACUCUAGUUCCAGGAGACAAUACCCUCUGGCCUCCACCGGCAUCUGCAUGCAUGCGUUGCACAUAAACUCAUGCAAAUACACAUUACAUUUUAAAAUUUUUUAGGGUUGGGGAUUUAGCUCAGCGGCAAGCGCAAGGCCCUGGGUUCAAUCCCCAGCUCCGAAAAAAAGAAAAGAAAAAAAUUUUUAUAUUUUAAAUGAUUAAAAAAAAUAAAAUUUGUGCUGGAGAGAUGGCUCAGCAAUUAAGAGCACUGACUGCGGUUGGGGAUUUAGCUCAGCGGUAGAGCGCUUGCCUAGCGAGCGCAAGGCCCUGGGUUCAGUCCCCAGCCCCGAAAAAGAAAAGAAAAGAAAAAAAAAAAAAAAAAAAAAGAGCACUGACUGCUCUUCUAGAGGUCCUGAGUUCAAUUUUCAGCAACCACAUGGUGGCUCACAACCAUCUGUAAUGGGACCCGAUGCUCUCUUCUGAUGUGUAGACAGCUAAGGUGUACUCAUAUAAAUAUAAUAAUAAAUAAAACUUAAAAAAAUAAAUUCAAGCCAGUCUGGCUGCUCAUACCUGUUAUCUUAGCAUUCAGGAGGCUAAGACAGUAGGAUUCACAUUAGUUCUAAGCCAUCCUGGACAACAUAGUGAGUUUCAGGCCAGCUUGACCUACAGAGUGAGAUCCUGUCUCAAAACCAAACAAUUUAGCAAGUCAAGAAGGCACUGCAGCUUCCACCUCUGGUGGGAACCUAAUGCCCAUAUUCCUCCGCCUGCCGGAUGGCCAGGCAGUCCUACAACAUAAUGAAGCCAGAAAGGGGACAAGCAGAUUGUAAAGAGAAAGCCCUUUCUGCCCCACCCACCCCAGUCUCCUCAGCACCACCACACCUGUCAGGAGACACUCUUUAUUCCAGUAUCACAGGGUCUGCUCCAGGAACCCACAAAAAAAAAAAAAAAAAAAAAAAAAAAAAAAAAGCUUUAAUUCCAGUACUUGGGAAGCAAGGGAGAGACCAAAUUGGUCUACAUAGACUUUUCCAGGCAGCCAGAGCUACAUAGGGAGACCCUAUCUCAAAACAACAAAAACCAGAAAGGUUAGAGUGAAGACAGACUGUUCAUCUUAUAUUGUGGAAGGUCCCAGUUUGUUUUUAUUUAUUUUAUGUAUAAAAAUUAUGGUUUUUAUGGGUUAGUUAUGGGUGUGUGGAAUUGGAACCAAGUCCUGUGUAGGAGCAACAAGUGCUUUUAGCCAUUACUUCUACCCUGGAAGGCUCCAGUUUAACCUCCAACACUGCAAAACAAACCUGACAGCAUAUACAUAUAAUCCAGCACUUAGAGGCCUGAGCCAGGGACUGGAGAGAGAUGGCUCAGGGGUUAAGAGCACUGGCUACUCUUCCAGAGGUCCUGAGUUUAAUUCCCAGCAACCACAUGGUGACUCACAACCAUCUGUAAUGGGAUCAGAUCUGGUAUGUCUGAAAACAGCUACAGUGUACUUUAAAUAAACAAACAAACAAAUAAAUAUCUGCCUCUUUAAAAAGGAGAGGCAGAGGGGUUGGGGAUUUAGCUCAGCGGUAGAGUGCUUGCCUAGCAAGCACAAGGCCCUGGGUUUGAUCCCCAGCUCCGAAAAAAAGAAAAGAAAAAAAAAAAAAAAAAAAGGAGAGGCAGAUACUUUACAAACUAGAUAGGAAGAUCUAGAAUAAUGCACUCUAUUGUAUGUAAAUUAAAAAUGAUUUAAGAGGCCUGAGAGGUGGUUCACCACGUUAGGGUAUUUGCCUCUGAGCCUAACUUGAGUUCCAUCUAGGAACCGUCUCUAUGAAAGGAAAUAACUCUCACAAGUUGUCCUGUAGCUUCCAAAGUGCAUGCUGUGGCACACAUGAACCCCCUCCCACACCCAACGCACACACGCGCACGCGCACACACACACACAUACUACUACUACUACUACUACUACUACUACUACUACUACUACUACUACUACUACUACUACUUCUUACUACAUUCUUUCUCCUUGGAGAUCUGGGUCUAUCACUGGCAAGAUCAAGCCAAGACUAUGUAGUCUGCCUUGUCUUUCCACGUGUGUUGUUUGGAGACCACUUGAGAUCCUUGAAGGAUACUUAUAAUUCUCAUCAAGCCAUUGGAGGCCUCUUAAUUGUUCUCCUCUGUGGAUUUAGGGACACCAGGGGAGGCCAUUAUUGCUGACAAGCAGGCCAGGAGCUCCAGCAUCAUGGGAGUAUAGUAGAACCCAGGGGACAGAGCCAAUGGAAGAGCCUGGCACCCCGCCCCCAAUAGCUUGAGUAAAAGUCUGCUGUGGAGAGUCAGCCUGAAGAGAAGAACCUAUAACCCUUUUUUAAAAGGAUAUAAAAGGGGGUUGGGGAUUUAGCUCAGCGGAAGAGCGCUUGCCUAGCAAGCACAAGGCCCUGUGUUUGGUCCCCAGCUCCGAAAAAAAAAAGAAAAAAGAAAAAAGAAAAAAAAAGAAAAAGAAAAAAAAAGAUAUAAAGCAAAGGACUUCCUAGACUGACGAGCAGGUACCCAGCCCUGAGGUGUGUUCCCACCCAGGCCCAGACACUGGGCAGUGCCAGGAAAACUUUAUUGCAGAGUGGCAGCCACUUCACUUCUGCUGUUCCUAAAGUCGUGGCUCUCGAAGCUGCUUCAGAAAGGGCCGGGGAGUGUAGGUGGAGCUGCUGCCUUUCUGAGCUCCUGAAUAGACCUUCACAAUUUGGCUUUGAUUCUUUCUCUUGCUAAGUAGAUGAUGCUGUCUUCCUUCUUUUCUUCUCUUCCAAGCCAUACACUCCUUUUCCUUUUCUUAAAGAGUUGGCUGGGCCCCCUAACACCAUGGUAACAGGAGUGGUGACAGUAGUUGUCUUGUAUCCUUCCUAAAUCGAAGGGGAUUAGGCUGAAGUUUCUAAAUGUGAUGAUUGCUGUGUGCUUCUCAAUGGGAUCUUUAUCAAGCUCAGCAUUUCUCCUAGCAGGGGCUGGAGUUCAGGGCUGGAGUGUGUGCUUAGCAUACACAAAGCCUCGAGUUCUGUCCCCAGAACUGUAAAAAGGUACUUUCUACCCCGGAUAUGGAUAUUCGUGUCAUCACAGACAGGCCUUAAACCUUGCCCAGUACUUUAUCUCUGCUGAAGUGAACAUGGAGAAGCAGACUUCGUGUGGGCCAGCCUUGAGGGGCAGCCGUGAGCUUGACAUUGCAGCAAUGUGCUCGCCUAGAACUGAUUGGGUUUGUCUUGUCUGUAUUUUAUGGGUUUGUGUGUGUGUGUGUGUGUGUGUGUGUGUGUGUGUGUGUGUGUGUGUGUGUGUGUCUGGGAACAGGGCAUGUA